AUGGCAUCUACAGCAUAUACUAUACCACAAUCAGUCUCUUCUAUAAAUGAACAAAAUAAGGCAUCUAUGGCAUAUACAGCACUACAAUCAAUUUCUUUUACAGAUGAACAAAUUACAACAUCUAUAACAUCUAUCGAUUGCAUCAAUUUUAAUAAUUUAGUACUAAUAUUUACUGCAUUUGUUCAAGCGAUGAAAUCAGACACACUUUUACCAAAUACAAGAUAUACAUCAUAUAUGCAUCCACAAUCUAUUAUGACUUCUGCACUAGUUAAGAAAUGUGCAAGACAUCUUGAAAUUGCUGAUAUUAAUACUAGUGAUACAAAGAAGAAAGGUUGCGGAUGGUUCUCAACAUGA